CCCAAGCCUUAUCCCCCACCAUCGCCACCGCCCCUCGAGCACCGCCCGACUCGCUCCCCAACGUCUUCCUAUUUCCCCACCCCAUGUCACAACACCGACUCCCUCCCCCCUAAAUUGUAACCCUAAUCUUCUCCAGCCCAUCCCUCUCCACGCCGCCGAAACAAUGGCCACCGCCGCCGGAUCGGCGGAGCGCCGCCCCGGCCAUCCGGCGCUGGCGUCGCGGAAGUCCGCCCCCGGCCAGCCCUGGUCCCACAUCGAGACCGCUCACCUGAUCGACGCCUACGAGGAGCGGUGGUACGCUCUGAAGCGCGGCCAGCUCAAGGCCCGGCAGUGGGAGGACGUCGCCGCCGCAGUUGCCGGACGCUGCGGUCUCGACGAGCCAUCGAAGAAUGGCACCCAGUGUCGUCACAAAGUCGAGAAGCUCCGCAAGCGCUACCGCGCCGAGCGCCUCCGCCCCGUCCCCUCCGCCUGGCCCUUCUUUAACCGCAUGGAGCGCAUGGAGCGCGGGCCCCUCCCUAUCACCUUCCGGCCCCCGCCGCCUCCUCCCGCCGCCCAGUCCACCGACGAGGACGAGGACGAGGACGACGACCGUGAGGACGAGGAUGAGGACGAGCGGAACAACACCCGAAGCAUCAACGGGAUUCUUCGGGAUUCCAGCUGGAAUUCCUCUAGGGUUGCGAGGAGCCUCGUACCUCCCAAAAGGAGAGGUUUUGAGAUGGUGGCUGAGGACGAGGAAGAAAACGACGAAGAUGAAUCAGAGGAGGAGGCAGCGGAUGGCGCAGGUGAAGCGGAGGCCUUGUCGCAGAUGGCGGCCGUGGUGAGGGGAUUCGGCGACCGCUUGGUGCGGAUGGAAAAGAGGAGAAGGGAGCUGAUGCGGGAAAUGAAGAGGGAUUGGAUGGAGAUGGAGACGAAGAGAGCGGAGAUGCUGAUGGAAUCACAGCGGUGCCUCCUGGAGAAGAUAGCCGGUGCUUUCCCACCGGCCAAGAAGCCCAAGAAGUCUCAUAAUCUAUAGGCUGCAACAAAAGGUCAGCCAUUGAUACCUACAUUGUUGAUCACUUGUUUGCAAUAUCAUGCUUCACGCAAUCGGAUGGAGGGGUUAUCACAAUGGUGAUUUUUGAGGAUUUCUUGGUCAAGGAAUGCAAAAGUUAGUAUUGUCUUCAGGAUUUUAUUCGCCAGAAGGUUAGAGAAGUGUAAUGGAGAAAUAACUUAAGCAGAACAGUGGAGAACAAGGGAUAAGACGCGAUGUAAUUAUAUAUUCAAUCAUUUGUGGGCUUUAUCUUUCUAACUUAAUUGUUUACCAUCACUAAACCCAAAACCACCUUGUCAAUUUAAACUGGUCCAUAAUGAAAGAUCUGUACAGCUAUUGUCUAUUAGUUAUCAGAUGUAUCAGGCUUUUACUUGAUCAUUACAAGUAGACCAAGUUUUGCUCUUAGAAACAGAAUCAAAGUUUUUGUUUCUUUGGUUCUGUUUUGCCUUUAUAGUUAACAUUAAGCAUGCUGUUUUUUUCUUUGCUAUGAUAUUGUUGCAGUAACCUUUAUUUUUCAAAGUUGUGAACCUCACUUUUGUGUUCUUCAUGUCCAUGCAUUACAAUGAAUAAAAUGCUCUAGAAGUGGUGACUUUAUGUUA